AUGUGCGUGGACCAGCGUAAAGGUGCCACACCUCCACUCCAGUCGCUCACACACAUGUCGGUGGAUAUCGCCACGCCGUCAUUCAGUGCACCCCACAGUCGCCGCAGUGGAGCGGUCCAGCAACACAAAGUGUCCUUCCCACUCACAGUGCACACACACACAAUGACAGUCUCACAUUCUCAUAUCAGAGAGGCACUGCGGCAAUUCACUAAAAUGUACACGGAGUCACACACCUACAGAGAGGAAGAGAAAAACACAAGAGCAGCAGAGGAGAAAGAACAACAACAACAGGAUACCAAAAGCACACAAAGCACUCACAAUACAAUAAUCACAGGUGUCACUCCCAUCAGAGAAAAACAUUCACCCACACCAGCACAUCAACUCAACCCCAAUACAAAAAGAAAAAAAAAACAGACCCAUUACGUGAAGCCGAAGCGGAACAGUUUCACUCCACCUCCCCGCAGGCUGCAGUCACUCAAGCAAGCCACACAACAAACAACACAAGGGCACAAAUAUCUCCGUGGCAAUGCCGCGUGA